UUUAACUUCCUUCAUUUGGUGUUUGCUCGGAUAACUUUAAGAGUAUUUUCGCUGUUCUGUGUGUUCUUUUUGAUGUAGGCUGUCGUCACUGAGUGUCAAUGCCACCAAAAGCAGCUAGAAGGGGCUCAGCCAAGAAGCCCACUGUUUUCAACAAGAACUGGGAGGCUGGUCUCACCAGAGCUCAGUUUGAGGAGGAGUCAUGGCAGGCCUGUGUGUCUUUGGUGGUUGGGGGACGUCCAGAGGAUGAGGAACUGACCCAGGGUCUGUCUUUGGCUGUACACAAACCAACACGCAAACUCUUCAACCUUUUGACCUAUGACAGCACCCUUACAAAGAUCAAUGAACUGGGGAAUCCCAAAGCAAAAAGACCCGAUGACAUCCCCACGUUCUAUGAGGUUACAGAGUCUGCUAAGGUGCUGCUGGAUGCAGGAGAGGAAAUUGCUUGUGACUUGAUGGCAAAAAUACUGAAGUUCCAGCUGCUACACAUCAAAGCCAAUGAUCAGCAGAGGAGGAGAGCCGAGCAGGCUGAGGAGGAGAAGUCAAAGAGCGGUCGUCAAUCUGCCAGCAAUAACAAAGGAGGGGCCAAGGUCUCUGACAAAAAGGGAAAGACUCUGCAUUCACCUGUGCCACCUUCUAAGGAGAAGACCAAGCUCAAACGCAGGGAUGAUUUUGACCCACCGAAGUGCAUUGAUGACGAACCACAGGAUGGUCCUCAACACUACAUCUUGCUGCUGGGCUUCUACCAGCCCCAGCUGAUCGGGGCGCUUGAUGCCAUCGGUGUACAUGUAGCCAAUGUCAUUAAACUGUGUUCUGAGCACACGCAAACGUCUGACGGACAGCAGCAGGAACAACACCCCUGUGAGGCCGAUGGGCAGAGUCGGAGGACCUCUCUGUCUCUGGAUGCAGAAGCAGAGGUUCAUGGCAGUGUAGAGCAGGCUGAGCAGGCCAUGAAGUUGGAUCUAUUCUGGUCAGGUCUGAGAGCAAUUUUGGACAGCGGGCCACCAAACUCCAAGCUCCAUGAUGCAGUUCAGCUCAGCUACAUCGUCCCAGAUCUUGGGCCUCCCCUCCACACACAGGAGGCUGAGCUGGAGAUGGGGAGCCGAAUCUUUGAGGGCGUUGCCAAGCUCAUCUAUGACUGUCUGGACUGGCGCAGGCAACAUCAGCACUACCUGAACAACAUAAAUCUCAUCAGUAUACCUACUGUUGUUGGGUUGGAUCCACAGUCUGCAGAGGUUGUGCCGACCCUUCCGCUCCUGACUCCACGCUCCAAAAUGAAACCAGUGUGGGAACAAAGGCCAACAGACCAAGAGGCCCAGCAGCCUCCUCUCUCUACAGAUGUGGACAUGCGUUACUAUUGCAGCCUCCUGGACCUGGUUCCCCCCGAAGCCUGCUCUGUGCCUCUGAUCAUGCACUGUAUGCUGGAACAGGUGGUGAUUUCAACAGAGCCGUCUGUGUCCACCCUGUCCUGCGUGGCUGAGGCCAAACCUCACAACGACCUCGGGUUAGACUAUCAGCUGGUCAGCUUCAUGCUCCAAAGCUUCCUGCCUCUCGUACACACAAACGCGGAGAGAAGCCACAUGUUAAAUAGUCUGCUGACAACAACACAGAAUGAAGAACACAAGAAGAAGCUAGAGGAGAAGUUUGGAGUAGAGGAGACGCAGAUGAAGUCUGAGCACCCUCUGGUCAUCAGACACCAUGAUGAGAUGGCAAUGCGCUUAAGGGAUAUCAAUGCGGUCCAGGGUUUUGAUCCAGCAGAGGUGGAGCUGUCCAUGAUGAGGGGGUCUCCAGUGUGGGAGCUGAUCCAGUCUGUAGCUCGGCCGAGAGACAGCAACUCCUGCUGGAUGGCAAUCAAACAGCAGCUGCAACACUACUGCACCGAUGAUAUUGUGUCAUGGCUGGAGGUGGAGCGUUUGAUUCAUCAGAGUGUGUUUGAGAGUAUGCCCCUGACCAGGCUGGACCCAAACGGUGUACUGCAGAAUGCUCCUGGACCACUGGGACCACUGUACCCAGCACAGCAACAGACACCCACAAUAAUCCCCUGGGACAACCCACUGUUCUACGCUAAACAGCAGCGUGAGAACCUACAGACUAAAGGGCCGAUGUUUCUCACUGAAGAUCUCACAGAGCAGAUCAGAGGGAGGGCGUGUUGCCAGCUGGACUUGCAUGACAUUCAGAGCAGUCGGCUGAGAUCUCUGUUUGACUGGCACUACACUGAACACCACAGUGCCUCCAUCUUCCCACAGGUACUCCAGUUAGCCUCAGAAGAAUACCGCUGCUUGGACACUUUCAGAGGAAGUCAUAACAACAUCCUGUACAUCUUUUGUCACAAUCCAAUGAGCCCUUAUCGCCAGUGCAAGGAGUUCUGGGAUGUAGCCCGGCUUCACACGGAUGUCAAGUUCAGGAAUUAUUUGGAGCACGUGGCAGAUACCAUUUCAGAUUGGACUAAAGAGGAAGAAUUAAAGAGAGAGGCAAUGCAACUCAGAGAUCUCAGCCCUGCUGAGGCUCUAAAAGAAGAAAAGGCGACGGAUUCUGCAGAGGAGGACAUUCUGGAGCCAGUCAUCAAAAAAGGCUCUCUUAAAGCCUGGAAGUUGGAGCAAGAGCACCUAAAGGAGGAGAUUGCCAAGAAAUCAAAGAAGGAGAAUAGACCGAAAAGCAAGCAACAAAGGGGGAAGUCUACUUUGUCUUGUGGCAAGAAGAGCAGAACAGAGACGGCCGCAAGCUCAGCACUCCCUGUGGAGGAAAACAAAGACCUGCAUCCGACAGAGGAGCCCUUCGAUGGUUUCACAGGCUACAGCAUGGAUGGAAGGUUGAUCCAUGUGUCAGGUCGUUGCCAGUACCUUUUCCCUUCAGACGGAGGACACAUCACUGUGGAGAAUGUCAGCUAUGUUGAAGGUUCCAGCCUAGUGAAAGUGGCGGUGAAGAAGGAUGGCCACCAUUUCUACACCCACAUCAAUCACGUUGUUGUUGAUCCGGCAAAUCCUCUCCCUCAGCCCCAAGAUAAUGAAACCAAUGUGUCGGAGCCUGUGGAGAUGAAAAGAGUGAAGCAGGGCUCCCUCUCAGCAGUUUUGGACAAUGGAAUCCACCUUUCAUACAGUUUCUAUGGUCCCGCGGGAGAAUACAGAGUGGGUCCCCAGGAAACGGCGCUAUUGGCCCCAGAGGCCCCAGCCAGCCUCACCAGACCUCCAGAGUCCCAGGUUCCACAUACGGACAUGGAUGCACAAAAGAAUGCAGCGGGGGAAACGAAUACUCAAGCAAAGGAUUGUGUGCAGUCUAAGGUGUGUGAAGGCCAGCCAGCAUUGAUAUCAAGUCCAUUCAACAGUCUCAACCUGUCUGUUCCUAAUGGCCUGCUGCUGCAAUUUCUAAGAGAAGAUGCACAAGGAGUGUCCUCAGAAGAGCAGGGUAUGUUGGUGAAACAGGGCUUUCCUCUUCAUGGUAGGGGAGCUGUAGGGCAGCUUCAGGACCCUUCGCUCUCCAAGGAACUGUCCCGCAUUGUCACAUGCCAGGGAGCUGUGAUCCGACACAUGAGAGACGGGUCCACAGAGGUUCUGUUUGCAGAUGGCUCGGUCAGUUUCAGCCAGGAUUCUGGUCCGGUGUGGGUUCCUGACUCUGAGGUUGAGGAGGAAAACACCUCUCAAGAAACUGAGGACAACAGCAAAGAGCAGAGCUUAGAGAAGGAGCCUGAUAAUCAGAGCGGGUGUUGGUUAACUACGACUCCAUCUGGAGCUCGCAUCCACACCGUGGGGACCACACACAAACACAUACCCACCACGCCUCUUCUCGUCUUCAAGACUACAGACCCCAUCACCCAUGAGGUGAUGCUGAGCCGAGAGGAUCUGGUGGUUUCUGUCCAGAACACAGACGGAUCUCUGAGUGUAGAACAUGCAGACGGAACCAGGAUCACCAGUCUCUGCAAAGACAGACCACCAAGCACACCGCAACAUAUACUGCUUCACACAGGGGAGCAGCCUGAGAGUGUGACCCUUAAAUCAACUUCUGAAUGUGCGUGCGGCUGCACUGAGUGUGUGUGUGUCACGCGCUGUGCGGACAGCAAGAACGAGGCCGUGCACUUCCGGCAUACUUGUGACAGUGGAGAGGAGAUUAGCGGGGACAGCGCAGGGAAAGCGCGUGACAACGAGGGUGCUGGACACGCUCGUGCAGAGUUCCGUGAGUGUGAGCAUGUGUGCGAUGAAAGAGAAAGCGGUGAGAAUGGUGAGGAGAGCGUGUUUGCAGGAGAAACUGUGGCUGAGAAUGCUGAGAGGAGUCCAUGUGCAAGCACAUCUACCAAGGAGCGAGUGGUGUUGGUGGAGAGCGACGGCUUCCCCACAGUGGUGAUGUACCCAGAGCGACACACGGCUCACGUCCUUUUAGCUGAUGGAACUGUCGUCAGUGGGAACAACCAAGGAGCCUAUCAGGUGUUUCCAUCCAGUGCGGGGCUCCUACAUAUCGAAAGUGAUGGCAAGUGUGUGUACUCGUCUGACCCACUUGUAACCCCAAGUCCAAAAGGUUGCACUCCCACAAACCGACCAGGAAGCUACACCAUGAGUCAUGCAGACAUAGUGGCCUGUGACGUUACAGACCCCGAUGGCAACCACUUCCAGGUGAUGGAAGAUGGACAGUUAUCUGUGUUGAACUGUAGCCCUGCUCCGAGCACUCUUAAACAGGAUGAGGAGCAGCCAGAGGAGGAGGACAGAGAAAUGGUCAAGAUUAAUGUAAAACACAGAGAACAUUCUCCCAGGCUGUUUGUGGUGCAUGAGGAUGGCUCAGGUACUGAACUACUGAGCUCUCAAACUGUAGAGGAACUGCUUUACCAGGCCUAUUCUGACCCAACCAUAGCCCUGCUGAAGGAACCACUGCCAGACGCACAAGAUGAGUUUGGCAUCACCAUGUUGAAGCCCAGCCACCAGAGCGUGUGGUCCCAGUGGCUGCUAGGGAAACAGAACCCUGACAUUACCCCGCCCAACCUCAGAAACCGCAGCUGGCAUGACUUCCCUAGAAUAGAGAAGAAGAGCCCAGGUCCUCCGUUUGGUGCUGACAUGGGACGAGGUUUGACUCUGAGAGAUGGGUCCGCUGGUUCUGCAGCACAGCGGCAACCUCUCAGAAGCUGCCCUAAAGUCCUGGAGGUGAGGGAACUGUACCAGCACCGACCAUUCACCGCUCCACUCAAAAAUACUGUCGACACACGACUGAAGGAAUACAUUGAGAGUUUGAUGGUGAGGGAGCAGCGAUCAGAGGAGAUGGAAUUCAAAGACCCUCGCACUGAGGAGGAGACUGUUCAUGCCAGUGAUCUGCUCAAUCUGGUCCUGUCUUUUGCUGAAGAAGAGGAUGCAGGUCACAUCUUUGACUGGAGGACUUCAGUGGACUUAGCCAAUCUGUACAGCCAAGGAGUUGGAGACCCAAUUGAGCAGUCGGAUGUUUCAGAAGACACAGCCAGAGCAGCGAGUGACAGUUGUACUAAUGGAAAGGAGUCAAAGUGGACUGAAAGGCUGACACAGCACAGACAGGAGAAAUGUGAAGAGCAGGCUAAUAGAGAGGCUCUGAGGAAGAAGUCCGUUGUCCCUUUUUUCCACCCAGAAAAUGUUCCAUUAUACCAGACUCUGCGAGAGCACCAAAUGCCAGACAUGAGGAGUUUAUCCAUGGAUCUCCCUCCGUUCCCCAAGUCAGGCAGCACUGAGGCUUUCCUGAAAGAUGCUCCACAAGAGAAAACCCCACGACCCUUAAACCCAACACCCUCUCAAUCGGCAAGCCAUGCAGGAAGAAGUGACCGGAUGCUUGAAAAAAGGCCGACCAACCCCACGCCUCAGACUGCCGGUGAAAGCAGUCUGAGGGGUUCAACUGGGCAAUGUAAGUCAGUGCAGGUGGAUGUGACUGGAAAGCCCAGGAGGACUAAAGUCCGACUACCAACCUCGAUCCUCGGCUCUAAACCUUGCAGCGUACCAAAUCAGCAGUUCCUGGCAGUGGAAGAGCCGGUGAGGAGGAAGUGUCGAACUAUUUCUCUGACUGAUCCCAGUGUCAUAGCGAGGGGAUUCCAGCUGCUCCCGUCCCGUGUUGACUUUGGCACACUGCAGGAGGGCACCUCCUCUGCCAUUUCUGUGGUGAUGAAGAAUGUGGGUGUCGACACCUGCAGGUUCCUCGUGAAACAGCCUCCUCCUGCUACAGGCCUCCGGGUCAUCUACAACCCUGGGCCUGUGCCUGCAGGCUUGCAUGUUGACCUGCAGGUUCAGCUGUUUGCCAUGUGUACGGUCCAAGCAGGAGAGGCGGAGCCAAAGACAAAUGUCUCCCAGGACAUCAUCAUCCGCACCGAGACAGACAUCCUCUACCUGCCUGUCACUGCUACCGUCCUUCCUGAGAGGUUAUACGACAUUUGGCUUCAGGACCACAUCGGUACACACAACAAGAAAGGCUCCAGGGUCCGUCAACUUUCUCCUCUCAGCCCACCAGUUGGACGGGGGGGGCCGCAUAUCCCCACGGACGACCCGUUACCCUUCUGACCAGUCCUUCAGCAGGCGAGGGACAUCUUAACUGCACCACUCCUCUGUGAGCGACAGGGUACACAUCCCAUCAGAUUUCCCAUAAUUCAAACAGUCAUCCCAUCAUCAUUGACUGCACUCAACUCUGCACAAAAAUGAAUAAAUUAAUUUAAAAAAAAUGUUUAAUGGAUAUCUCUCUGUUCCAAA